UGUGUACCAUUAAACGAAAAGGCGACAUAUGUUUUAGAAGAUGUCAUUUGCUGAGAGAAUUCUUUUUUCGUAAAUAAAUAUUUAAAAUUAACUAAUAAUUUUCUAUUGAAGUAGGUAGGCACUUCUUCAGAAUGGAAUCAAGCAACUUAGAUUUUGUGGCACAAGCAUGUAUGGAUUUAACGGAGGCCUUAAAUGGCCCUAACGGUGAAGCAGAUAAAGAAUCUUUGGUAAUAAAUCAUAUCAAGAAAGUUUGGAGUUCCGUUCCUCCCGUAGAGGACUUCAAGAAAAAUUUAGAAUGGGUAAACGUAUCGGAGCCGAUUUCUCUGUCGCAGCACUGCUCAGACAAGAUUGUUGUGCUGGACUUCUGGACGUACUGCUGCAUCAACUGUUACCAUGUGUUGCCAGACUUGGCACAUUUAGAGAAACUGCACAAAGUUACUGAUGGACUUGUUGUGAUUGGUGUGCACUGUGCUAAGUUCAGCAAUGAGAAGGAUUCGGCAAACAUUCUGGCAGCUGUUGAGAGGUACAACAUAAAUCACCCAGUGGUAAAUGACUCUGACAGCACUGUGUGGGAGGCACUGGGAAUCAAAUGUUGGCCCACACUGCUCAUACUUGGUCCAGGCAAUAGGCCAUUAUUCGUUAUAACUGGUGAAGGUCAGCGAGACACGCUUGUCAUGUAUGUGGAUGCGGCUCUGAAGCAUUUUGGCUCUCGAAUAUCGAAUGCAGCUCUGCCUGUUUCACCUAGCACUCACUUGAAGGCAUUGGAAGAUGAUGUUUUGCGCUACCCUAGCAAGGUGGCAUUAAACCCGUACUACCGCGGGCGGUCGGAGGAGCCGUUCCUAGCGAUCAGCGACUCCGGCCAUAAUCGUAUAAUGCUGACAGACUGCUCCGGGCUGAUCCUGCGCAUCAUCGGCGGACCUGAACCGGGGUUCAAGGAUGGCAAGUUCCACGAAGCGCAGUUCAGCUCGCCACAAGGGGUGUGCUGGCUCUCUGGCCGAGUGCUAGCAGUAUGCGACACGGACAACCACGCCCUGCGAGCGCUGCACCUAGACGAUGGGUCCGUGGAGACUCUCGCUGGGACCGGCACGCAGGCGGCGCAUGGAGACACAGGAGGCAAAUGCCUAGCCCUGCAACAACUAUCGUCCCCGUGGGACGUGGUGCUGUACACGACCCCUGACAUGGACAUGUCAGUGCGGCCGCUGCAGCCCCCGCUGCCCCCACCACCCCCCACCACCGCGACCACACCCAGCGAUACCGAAAACAAGGAAAAUGGGGAAAAGGAGGAUUGCAAAGACAAAGAGAAAGAUAAGAAAGACGAGAAGCGUCGCGUCCUGUUGAUCGCGUGCGCUGGCUCGCACCAGAUCUGGGCGGUGUUCCUUGACAACACCAUCUGGUGGAAGUACAAAUCAUUCUCCGAAGGUACAUGCGUGUGUAUCGCGGGGUCGGGAGUGGAGGCCGCUCGUAACAGCGCGUAUCCGAACACCGCGGCGUUUGCGCAGCCCUCUGGACUCGCUCUACGGUCAGGGAACAGUCCCGAGGUGUUUAUCGCGGACUCGGAAAGUUCUUCCAUCCGACGACUGGCGCUCUCUACGGGAAUCGUAACUACCCUGUGCGGAGGAGAUCGCAAUCCGUUGAAUCUGUUCGCGUUCGGUGACGUCGACGAUAUCGGCGUGGACGCAAAGUUCCAGCACCCAUUAGGCGUCGCGUACUGCGAGUCAACCAAGACCCUGUACGUAGCCGACACAUACAACCACAAGAUCAAGAGAGUCGACGUCGGCAUACAAAAAGUUACCACUGUCAACCCCACAAUGAUAGAAAGCCCUGACCCGGUCAAGUUCAAUGAACCGUCCGGCCUAGCCAUCACCCCCGACGGCAAAUAUCUCUACAUCGCCGACACCAACAACCACAGCAUAAAGCUUCUUAACCUCGCCAAAAACGUCUGCCAAGAUUUCAAAGUACGUCUUCCAGAUCCUAAAUUUACCGAGCCCGAAAACUUGAUUCUCUAUAAAAAUGACUUGUUCGUCAAUAGAAAGUGUGGGAAUUUGAUAAUUUACUUCAAUGUGAGUCUGGAUGUGGACACGAAGAACGUGAAGUUCACGCCGGGCGCGCCGCAGAACUGGCACGUGUGCAUACGCGAUGAUAAUAACAAGGAUGUGACCUUAGACGACUUUGAGUUCGUCGGCAGCUCGCAUAAAGGCAACAAGCUGCCCGGCCGCGUGGAAAUGAAACUUAAACAAAGAAGUGAAAAAACCCAUUAUCGUUUGUACCUGAGCUUCCAUACCGCGCUGUGCGACGCAUCCGUAUGCUUCUCGCACGCAUUUACCAUAAGAUCAACUAUUCUAGUAAGAGAUUCCGUCAAAAUGGUUGAGUCUUACAAGAUUACUUGUAAAGUGAAUCCUGUAAACAGGGAUAAAUAGAGCGUGGAAUAAUUCUGUCUAACAAUUGUUUAUAUAAAUUUUUACCAAUAGGUAUAAAUAUUAUCUUUUUGCACAACAGAACAAAUAAGUACCUAAAGCACGAUGCUAACAUAGUUUAAGUUUGAAAUGAAGUAACCUGACUAAUUUUAAGUUAAACUCAGUAAUGAUGUUGUAAGCUCAGUUUUGUUGUUUUAAAUAUGCAAUGAAUAAAAUAUUUUUAUAAGGUUA